AUGCAUUUCUCUCACAUAUUCACCAUCAUUAGCUUGGGACUGGCUGUUCACGCUCAGACGUGUUGGGAGAACCUGAUCUGCACUGGUCCACUCGACACCGCAUUCCCAGGUCAAUGGGAAGCCAACAUCUUUGCUCCCGAUUGUCGCACUGUCUUUCCAGUUUCAAUCUUGUCUCUAGCUAAUGCUUCCGUCAUCUCGAAAUGGCCUGGCUCUGCUCAAAUCUCUGGCAACGGCUCAGCACUCGUCUUCGACUUUGGAAAAGAAGUAGGAGGUCUGGCCACAGUAUCCUACGCAGCACAAGGUUCCGGAGCUCUAGGUCUAGCCUUUAGCGAAGCGAAGAACUGGAUCGGCUUGUGGUCUGACUCAUCCAAUGGAAGGUUCCAAGCUGGCGAUGGAGCCAUCUAUUCGAAUUUCUCUGCUUCUGGCAACUACAGCUAUACAACGGAUAAAGCGCAUCUUCGCGGAGGCUUUCGAUACCUGACUCUGUUUCUGAUCACCAAUGAGACCGCAUCUACCAUUGACAUCAACUAUGUAUCAGUAGAGAUUGGCUUUCAACCCACUUGGAGCAAUUUGCGCGCUUAUUCUGGAUAUUUUGACUGCAGCGAUGAAGAUCUGAACAAGAUCUGGUACAGUGGUGCGUACACUCUACAAACCAAUUCCGUACCUGUGGAUACCGGUCGUAUCUUCGAGGCCAGUGGCUGGAACAACAGUGGCGCUCUUUCAAAUGGCUCCACGGUCAUCGUGGAUGGAGCCAAAAGAGACAGGGCGGUGUGGCCAGGCGACAUGGGUAUUGCGGUCCCAGCGACCUUUGUCAGCAUCGGAGAUCUGGACAGCGUCAAGAAUGCUCUGCAGACCAUGUAUGAUCAUCAGAAUAAGGAUUGGUCGUUCCCGGAGGCUGGACCGCCUUUACUGCAACAAGGCUCAGAUACUUAUCAUAUGUGGACUAUGAUUGGGACAUACAAUUAUUUGUUGUAUACCAACGAUACUGAGUUUCUGGACAAGAACUGGGAUCGCUACACGCACGCCAUGGAGUAUAUCUACGGAAAGGUUCAUCAGCCUUCGGGAUUGCUCAAUGUGACGGGCGUCCGCGAUUGGGCUCGAUGGCAGCAAGGCUUCAAUAACAGUGAAACCAACAUGAUCUUGUAUCAUACACUGAUCACUGGAGCUGAGCUCGCAACCUGGCAGGAAGACACCACAGGCCUCGCCCAAACAUAUACAUCUCGCGCCACCAACCUCAGCACUGCAAUAAACAAAUACUGCUGGGACACCUCCUACGGCGCCUUCAAAGACAACGCCACAGACACAAACCUCCACCCCCAAGACGCCAACAGCAUGGCCAUCUACUUCGGCGUAGUGGCCCCUUCCUCUGCCUCCGCUCAAAGCAUCUCCUCAAGACUCACGCACAAUUGGACGCCCAUUGGUGCCGAAAGCCCCGAAUUGCCAAAUAACAUCUCUCCCUUCAUUUCCUCUUUUGAGAUCAACGCUCAUUUCGUUGCUGGACAAGCGACGCGCGCUUUGGACUUGAUACGCCGUAGUUGGGGCUGGUACCUGCAUCAUCCUAACGGCACGGGAAGCACAGUCAUUGAAGGAUACCUGACCAACGGCAGUUUUGCCUAUCGCAACUCGAGAGGGUAUAGCUAUGAUGAGAGUUAUGUUUCCCACAGCCAUGGGUGGUCUGCGGGACCUACUUCUGCGUUGACGAGUUAUAUCGUGGGUUUGGCUGUUAGUGGAAGAGUGGGCAGUACUUGGACGCUGAAACCACAGUUUGGAGAUUUGGAGUAUGCGCAGGCGGGCUUUGUGACGAGUUUGGGUAAGUUCAGUGCUGGGUGGAAUGUCACUGGUGAUGGGAGGGCAUAUUCUGUUUGGUGGAAGGUGCCGGAGGGGACGGUGGGUAAGGUUACGUUGCCUCCUUUGCCAUCGGGUAAGACUGGUAAAAUUACGAUUGAUGGGAAGAGCUUCAAGAACAAGAGUAUUAGGAAGAAAGAGGGCUUGACUUUUGAAAUCGGUGGAGGGAAUCACAGUAUCAUUGUGGUGAGUAAGUGA